ACUUCAUCACCAAAAGUAACUUACACUCUCAUUUUAAAGCAUUCUACUUCAAAGUUUAAUUGAAGUUGAUUAUUAUCUUAAUCUAAGCCACAUCAAAGUUUGUUAAUUAAUUGUUGUAAUGGCAAUGUCUAUGCAAGUACAAGCCCUUCUUUCCAACUCUGUUGGUGCCUUCACUAAUGGCACCUCCAAGGCGUAUCCACUAGGGUUUAAUCCUCGGAUGGCAAAACGUGUCAAUUUUGGUGUUAAGUGUAUGGCGGAGGAGAAGGCUGGAGGUGAACCCAAGCUUGACUCCGGUGUACCCAAACCGAACCCUACUGUAUCUUCACCCACCCCUAUUCCAACUCCUAGGCCUCAACCAAAGAAGGUAAGCACAAACUUCAGAGACUUGUUCGCCUUUAGUGGCCCUGCACCGGAAAGGAUCAACGGGCGCCUAGCAAUGAUCGGGUUCGUGGCCGCAAUAGCCGUAGAGCUAUCUAAUGGCACAGACCUAUUUACUCAAAUAUCCGACGGUGGAUCACAAUGGUUCCUAGGAACAAGCAUCCUUCUUUCAGUAGCAUCAUUAGUGCCAUUGCUCCAAGGAAGCCGAGCAGAAGCAAAGACACAAGGGUUAAUGAACGCCAACGCCGAACUUUGGAAUGGUAGAAUUGCUAUGUUAGGUCUUGUUGCCUUGGCUGUAACUGAGAUCGUUAAAGGUGGAGCGCUUGUUUGAGCUAACUCAAAUUUUUGAUGUGUGACUUGAUCUAAGUUUGAUAUAUUAUGUAUAUAGGAAAUGAAUUAUUAUGGGAUGGUUGAUUACAAUUUUGGGAAGGGAUUAGUUUACUGUAAAAUGUAUUUGUAAAAUACUCCUACGAUGAUAUAUAGUUAUCAAUUCUUAAUUUGAA